AUGCAACAAGCACCAAGGCAGAACCGUAUACCUGAACAGCAAGGUAUCGGCCAGACAUUACCUCCAGUUCCAGUUGGUAUCGACUCGUUAAACGCCCCACCGUUGCCUCCUGGCGCUAUGCCAGCAGGAACUCGUCUACAAGUUGGCAAGUAUCAAGUGAUUGUGCAUAAUUUCAUUGCUGAAGGUGGUUUUGCUCAUGUUUACAUUGCCAGAAUUGAGGGAAAAUCAGGCUACGUUGUAUUAAAACGAGUGGCAGUUCCCGAUGGAGAGCGUCUCAAGAUGGUUGAAAAGGAGAUUGCAUUCAUGAGGAGACUAGGGGAUCAUAAAAACAUUGUUCGAUACUAUGAAUCUAGAAUCGACGCGUUGCCAGUGGGUGGAUUUGAGGCUCUCAUCCUGAUGGAAUACUGCCCCGGUGGUGGUGUCAUUGAUUUGAUGAAUAGAAGACUGCAGCAGAGAUUAACUGAACCUGAAAUCCUCAAGAUAUUCAGUGAUGUAGCAGAGGCGCUCGCUUACAUGCAUUACUGCAACCCACCUGUGCUUCAUCGAGAUCUCAAGGUAGAAAACAUUCUCAUACUGAAUCAAGACAGCUACAAAUUAUGCGAUUUUGGCUCUGCCUCGCUUUCCAAAGGAGCCUACAUACCAACCACCCUCAGAGAUAUUCAGAAAAUGGAGGAUGACAUUCAACGACACACAACCCUGCAGUAUCGAGCACCAGAAAUGAUUGAUGUGUAUCAAAAGAAACCAGUGAAUGAAAAGGCUGACAUUUGGGCCAUGGGCGUGCUGUUGUAUAAACUGUGCUAUUACACAACGCCAUUUGAAGAGGAGGGUCAACUUGCCAUUCUCAAUGCGCGCUACACUAUACCAAGCUCACCCAUGUUUUCGGAAGGGUUGCGUCGUUUGAUCAUCUCUAUGCUGCAAGAAGACCAGAACCGUAGGCCCAAUAUUUAUCAGGUACUGAAUGCUGUUUGCCAUUUGAGAGGUUUAGAGUGUCCCAUCCGUGAUAUCUAUUCGGAACCCAUUACGACACCACCCUUUGGUCAACAACAACAAUAUCAAUCGACGCCCACCUCGUCUGAUAGUGGAUCCAUAUUUGAAAAGGUGCCCCCUCCAACACAGGAAUUGCCCACCAUUACACCCAUGAGAAGAGGAAGACCCACCAAACCAGAGAGAACAUCUAUUCACAGCCCAGUUAUCGAAAAUGGUGCACCUAAUACUACUUCGACCCAAUUUGAUCCAUUUGAUCCAUUACAUGUUGAGAAGACUUCUCCUCCUCCGCCUGUCUCUGCAACGACCGCAACAAGUGAUGCGACUCCCACCACUACCAUGCCUGCCUCAUUUCAAAACAGCUUCAUACCAGAACCAACUAAAUCAUCUGCAUCUCCAUUACCAACGAACUCUCCUCCUCCACGAGUGCAGAGCGCCCCUAUCACACAGCAUGUAACACCUAAACCUCAGAUGGCUACCAAAAUUUUGCAAACACAACCCAAUUCACCGGUGACCAAAUCUGUCAAGGAGGAAUCUAAUCCAGCAGCAGCAGCUAUCCAAAUGGACGGGGAUAAUGAUAAUGAGGACGAUGUUGAUGACAUGAUGCCAAAAAUGAACCGAGGCGUGUCAUCCAGCAUUGAGGCACGAUUCAUGGCCAUCAAGAAUGCAAGCAGAAAUAGCAACCCACAUCCUGUCAAACCCACAUCCACAACCAGCACACCUAAAAAGAGCAAACCUGCUCCACCACCCAAGCCUGCAAGAUUUAGAUCACAACAAACCAACCAACAAGUGCCCACUGUAGAUGAUUUUGAGCAUAAAUUUCCUUCGCUAGAAGAUUUAGACAAGUCCAUUUCUUAA